UUUGGUGGAAAUUGAUGCAAAUAUUAUACAUAUAAUAAAUCACCACAAUAUAUACUAAUACAAUAAUGGGUGGACUAAAACGUCCCCUACCAACCAAAUAAAGUUUGUUACAUUUUAAAGGAUCCAUUAUCUAUAUCACUGAGUCAUAACUAAACUCGCUCUUUUUUCCAUACAGGUAGGUAUGGACGCUGAAAUGCCAGUUACACCCUCGCCAACCAUGCGUUCGGCUGUCACUGUGCCGCGCCCUGCGACUACCCCCGUAGCAGCGCCACGAACAACACCAGCAACAACUGCACCGACAGCUCCACGACGUGCCACGCGCCCAAUGCCUAUUUUAGUUUCAGAGCCGCCUCGCCUCCGCUGCCCACUCUGUAGCCGUUCGCACCGGCUGCAGCACUGCCCCAUUUUUAAGGGUAUGACACCCAAUCAACGUCAGCAGGUGGCCCAAGCACAUGGGCAUUGUUUGAAUUGUUUGGCCCAGACGCACGACACGCAGGAAUGCGUGUCCGAUAUCGUGUGCCAACACUGCGACAGGCCGCAUCAUACCUUGCUGCAUCGAAACCCAAGACGACCUGGCGCACGGCCCUCAGUACCCCGCAGCCAUGAUGCAGGCCGUCGUCCACAGCCAAGCCAUGCAGCACGACCCCGUCAACGACAAGCACUCGCCGCACCCCGUUCUUGGCGUCAGCUCAAUAGCACCUCAACACGACACCAACCCUUAAGGCCGCAUCCUCGUCGCAGGACAGGCCUCAGCAACGUCGUAGCAACGUUGCAACAACUCCAGCGACUGCUAGGCUGAACAUUCGCCUAGGGGGGCCGAGAUGGCUAAAUGAGUUCAGCUUCCCGCCCUAAUGCAGUCAACAACA